AUGGACUGGGACGACUUUCAUCGACGCGCCAAGCGUGUUGUGCCACAACAGGAGCUCAAAGCACGCCGGUGCUGGAUUGGUGUGCUCGAUCACCGCAAGUCCACCCAGGAUGAGUUCAAGGAAGCCGAUUUCAUAUGGAUGAUAGGCCACAACAAAAUCCCUAUCCAGAAGAUUCAAGAUACUUACGAGAAACGGCAUGAUCUUAUCGGUGUUCGCAUUGGUUAUAAAGGCUGCAUGGUGGACCAAAGCGACAUCGUCAAGUCAUUCUUAGUGCCAGAAGACAGCGUCGUAGUCUUUAAUGCCAUAGAACCGUUCAGCGCAACGGUGCAACAUCAGACUCAAGACCCUCCAUCGCUCAGGGAAGAGCUCAUACAAGCCGAAAUUGCGCGUCGACACCAGGAGACGGAGUUUGGUCAUGACGCUAUACAAACAGCAAACAACCAUGCCGACCCUGGAACAAUGGGAAGAGAAUCAAUACGCUAUGGUGCUGAUAGAGCCUCCACUUCUUCUCAUGAUGCAUCGGGCCAUUCGGCAACUCAACACAACCCAAGCUUUGCUUCGCCGUUGACAUCGAGCAACUUUGACCCGGAAAAGAUUUUCGACAGAGGUGGCUCACCGGAACAGGUCAUUCAAGAAGAUUUGGGCUCCGUUGAUCGAUGCAUUCGCCCAAUCAUUGAGCUACAAGACCCUGAUGUCCUUGAGGCUGGCGUCUCCACAUCUCUCAAAGUUCUCGCAUGCCUCAAAUAUAGGUUUUUGACAUACUCAACAUCUAACGCGGAAGCCAGGGCAUGGUUACAAGCCAUUGAGAAGCUAAUUCCUCAGGCGCAGCGAAAGCGCACUGUGGUCGGCGUAGUGGGUAACACUGGCGCUGGGAAAAGUAGUGUCAUCAACGCUAUGCUUGAUGAAGAGCGGCUCGUUCCAACCAAUUGUAUGCGUGCUUGCACCGCCGUGGUUACCGAGAUCUCGUGGAACAGCAGCACCGAUCCAGGCUCUAAAUACUGCGCCGAGAUUGAGUUCAUCAGCCAGACGGACUGGGAAAAGGAACUCACAGUCCUUCUACACGAGUUCCUCACCGAGAAUGGGUCUCUCUCGCGCGAGGCGCAGGAUCCCAAUUCUGAUGCCGGUAUUGCAUGGGCCAAGUUUCAUUCUGUCUACCCGUCUGUCGCAAAAGAUGCUUUGGGUGAAUGCACCAUUCCUUCGCUCAUGUCCAAGCGAUCCGUUGUCGACGUACUUGGGACUACCAAAAAGAUCCACGCGGCUCGACCUGACUACUUCUACCGAGAGCUCCAAUGCUACGUGGAUAGCAAAGAGAAAGUCGCAAAGAAGGAUAAGAACAAGGAGAAGGUCUCCAAGCCAGCUUUUCAAACAGAGUACUGGCCCUUGAUUAAGGUCGUCAAAAUCUAUACGAAGAGUCAUGCGCUCUCAACGGGUGCAGUGAUCGUGGAUUUGCCGGGUGUUCAUGACAGUAACGCCGCGAGAGCUGCUGUUGCUCAGGGAUACAUGAAGCAAUGCACCGGUCUGUGGAUCGUUGCUCCUAUCAAUCGGGCUGUAGACGACAAGGCUGCUAAAACCCUGCUCGGAGACUCUUUCAAACGGCAGCUCAAAUACGACGGCGGCUUCUCCAGUGUUACAUUCAUCUGUUCGAAGACGGACGACAUCUCUAUCACUGAAGCAAUCGACAGUCUUGGGCUUGAAGAGAAUGUUGCAGCGUUUGAAGAAGAUCAGGAACGCCACGAUGAGCAGAUAAAGCGAGUCCGGAGCAAAAUUCAAGAGUUGAACGAAACGCGAGAGGUCUACAAGCUUGCCAUGUCGAGCGCAAAUGAGGACAUUGAGGUGUGGGAAUCACUGCAGGAGCAACUGGACGACGGGAAAACUGUGUUCGCUCCUCAGCCCAAGAAUCACAAACGCAAGAACGCUGUGUCGAACAAGCAGUCACGCAAGAAGAGACAGGUUUUCGACGACGAUACGGAUGAUGAUUUCGAGGAUUCCGAUCCCGAUGAGUUUGGGAGCGACGAUGAAGUGACAUUCCAGGGAGAAAGGCAGCGGCUAUUCGAAACUGACAUCAAGGAGAAACUCAAGGAGCUAAGGGAAACGAAGAAGAAUGCUAGGCGAGAAGGGUUAGCAAUCAAGCACUCCAUCGACGACUUGAAACCCCAAAUCCGAGAACUGGAAGCGAAGAAGGAUGAAAUCAAAGCUGAGAUCAGCCGUAUUUGCAUUGCAGGCAGAAACCAAUACUCAAAAUCGGCUAUUCAGCAGGAUUUCGCUGCUGGCAUCAAAGAAAUCGACCAGGAAAAUGCGGCCGAAGAAGACGAAGACAACUUUAACCCCGACGAGGAAAUGCGCGACUACAACCAGGUUGCUAGGUCUCUGCCAGUCUUUUGCGUCAGCAGUCGAGCGUACCAGAAGAUGUGUGGCCGGAUGCAAAAGGAUGAUGAGGUGCCCGGUUUCGUAACACCAGAAGAAACCGAAGUGCCUCAACUUCAGAACCACUGCAAGAAGCUUACUGAAGGCGGACGUAUCCACACCAGCCGCACGUUCUUGACGAGUGUAUGCCAGAUGCUGACGACUUUCAAUCUCUGGACGUCAAACCAUUGGACAGAUCUGAAGAUGACAGACGAAGACAAGCGCAAGCAGGUCAAUUACCUACAGUGGCGACUCAGUCAAUUGAUGGAGGGGUUGGAGGCGGCCAUUCGUGCUUGCAUCACGGAGAUGCGAUCUGAGAUGAAGUCUCAAAUCUUUGACAAAUGCCCUGAACUCAUCAACAAAGCCAUUGAGUUUGCACCAGCUACAGCACAUGCUUGGGGUUACAAGGAUCAAGGUGGCCUCGCGUGGUCAUCGUACAAGGCUGUCGUCCGACGCGACGGCGUUUAUCAUUCCUCUACAGCUGGCCACCGUGACUUCAACUCCGAUCUUGUGGAUCCUAUUAUCAAACAACUAGCAACGGGUUGGGAGCGAGCCUUUCAGACGCGCCUUCCAAAAGCAUUUGAUGCCUACAUCAGCAAUUCGAGCACGCUUCUCCACAGGUUUCACGAGGCCAUAGAAGAGCGUGCGAGGACCAGCAGAGUCGGCCUGGCGAAUCUCUCAAUCUUAAAGACACAGGUUUGCAACUACGAGCAGCUCUUCAAGGAUCUUGGGGUUACCCUUAUCACUCAAAUGAACGAGCUUCAGCGCGAAGCGAACCGUGAUUUCAGCCCUUGCAUCGCAGGCAUCAUGCAUACCGUCUACGACGUGUGCACUGAAGAGCGUGGCGCUGGAUCCUACAAGCGCAUGAAAGAGCACAUGGAGAAUCACGUUGAGCGGGAGCGACACAGGAUGUUCCAUGAAGCGAUCGCCACAGUGAACAAGCAUCUGAACGAUAUGUGUAAAGCACUGCAAGAGUCGAUGGAGGCCAAGGCCGAUGAGAUCUUCGUGCAGAUGAACAGGGACUAUACCCAAGUGCUUGGUGGUGCGGCUGGCAACCAGCCCCUUAAUCUACAAUCAAAAGAAGAGAGGGAGCUCAGGUCAGAGGUCAGAGAGGUCUUGGAAGGCAUCGAUGCGCAGUUCGAGCCCAUUGCUCGUGGCGACAUCUCACCGGAGCAAGGUGCAAACGGUACAGCCGAGGAGGGGGAUGAACAGAUGGACGUUGAUAUGGAGGAUGACCGCAGCAUCGUUGACUCUGCACGGGAUUCCGUCGAGGACGAUGCUGACGAUGCAGCACCGAUGCAGACUGAAUCAUCUAUGACCAAGAACGAUGGCGAGCAGAUUGACAGGCGCGCACGAGUCGACGACGACAUCGAUGAGAUGUAAGUCCGCUCACCACAGACGACACAGCAUUUUCUCAGCGAUUGAUAUCCGUAUUGCUUCAUGGUUCGCUGCUUUAUACCCCAGCCGUUAGUUGAAUUGUCAAGAGGGCGUUUAAAAUGGUAUAUUUCGUUCCCGAAUCAGUUAAUAUGAAGGGCCACUAGAAAAAAACUGAACACCCUGGAGCCUACAUCGAUGUUAGGUCACCCACUUCGCAUGUUUUCAUCUUGAAGUAGUCUGCAGGGCUGUUCGGUUUUUUUCUCGUGUGAGGUGGGACGAACGAUCUCUUUUGCAAUUUCAGUCGGUACUUCUCCGGUGUGCAUGGCGUCUUUAGCCAUUCAUUUCUGAACCGGGUGGGGACAUGGGUACUUGGUGUCAGUGCGUUACCAAUGCAGUCUUUCGAAAAUCUCC